AUGCAAAGAUGCAUCAUUGAUGGCCUAUGCGAAGAUCAUUACAAUGCAGAUGGCCCAUGCAAAGUGUACACUCUCAUUAUAGCUUACUUCACGUCGGGAGCAAUAGGUGGGAGUAAAGACAAAGAGCAACAAGAGCAGACU